AUGGAACCCCUCAUAACCAUUGUCGGUGCCACGGGCACUGGCAAGUCCAAGCUCGCCGUGGAUUUGGCGACUCGUUUCAACGGAGAGAUUAUCAAUGGCGACGCAAUGCAAAUGUACCGCGGUCUACCCAUCAUCACGAACAAGAUUCCAGUUGAGGAGAGAAAUGGGAUCCCGCACCACUUGAUAGACUGUGUCAGCCUGGAGGACGAACCAUGGCGCAUUAGCAGGUUCAGGAGAGAGAGUAUCCGACUCAUCAAGGAGAUACAUUCCCGCGGAAAGCUUCCGAUCCUCGUUGGCGGUACCCACUACUACACGCAUUCGGUUCUAUUCAACGACGUGCUUGUCGGGACAGAUGAAGGAGAAGCACAGGAUGCCAAUCAGAAUGGGAGAGAUGAUGCUUCGCGCAAGUCGGAGGAGUGGGCGAUCCUCGAUGCUCCCGUGGAGGUCAUGCUGCAGAAGCUGAGGGAAGUGGACCCUGUCAUGGCGGAGCGAUGGCAUCCCAACGAAGCGCGCAAGAUCAGACGUUCUCUGGAGAUUUAUCUGCAGACUGGAAAGCCUGCCUCGGAGAUCUAUGCGCAGCAAAGGCGCCAAAAGCAGGAGGCUGGAAUGAGGAAUGGCGACGACCGUGACGACGUCCUUGGUCAGGCUGGCCAGAUGCGAUACCAGACGCUGCUUUUCUGGACGCACGCAGAAAAAGAAAAGCUUCACAAUCGCCUUGAUGCACGGGUAGAUACGAUGGUUGAACAAGGCUUGGUCGCGGAGGCGCAGAGAAUGUCAGAUUACCUGAAGGAAAAAGAAUCGCAGGGCGUGACUGUCGACCCGACAAGAGGCGUUUGGAUUUCAAUUGGGUUUAAAGAGCUGGAACCAUACUUCGCGGCAUUGCGCGCAGGACACUCCAGUGAAGAGGAACUAGAGGCCCUCAAGCAGUCAUGCAUAGAGUCCGUCAAGACGUCCACUCGGCAGUAUUCGGUCCAGCAGAUCAAAUGGAUUCGAAACAAGCUGUGGAGUGCUCUUGCUGACGCUAAUUCGCUUCACCGUCUUUACAUACUCGAUACCAGCAAUGUCGAUGACUGGGAUAGAUGUGUGACCGAGCCCUCCGAACGGGUUGUGCAUGCCUUUCUGAGCAACGAGCGGUGUCCGGACCCGAAGUCGCUUUCGGUGCUGGCCAAGGAGACGCUCGAGGCUAGGGAAAAGGAUCACCAGAAGAAGCUGGCAGCCGCGUCGGCAGACGGCCCUUCUGUCGUUAUGAAACAGAUGACCUGCGAUCUAUGCAAAAAGACUAUGCUGGGCCAGGAACAGUGGGAGAUCCACGUCCGCGGAUCUGGUCACAGACGUGCUCUGAAAGCUGCCGCCAAAAGAGCCCAGCGAGAGGAAUAUUUACGAAAUAGAAAAGCACCCGAGGAGGGCACUGAUGGGCCGAAGAAGGAUGAGGAGACAACAUCACCUUGA